GGAGAAAGUGGGAGGGAAUGUGGGAAGAGGGAGUCUGCUGGGAAGUAGAUACCCUCUCAGAAGGAGGUGUGACUCAGUCGUGGACAGAGUGUCUGCAGGAAACUACUGGAGACGUAGAUGAACAACCAACAGAGCUGGGUUAAUUCAUAAUAGAAUCGGUUCCUCUUAAGGUUCGACUGACCGGAAGCCUUUUUCAAAGACUUUAAAUCUUAAUUUAUUGAUUGGAAGUUGGGUCGAUAUGCUGGUUUGAUUUAAAGAUUAUUGGAUUGUUUGGAGGUUUGGAAGCAUUGGUGACAGAUCCACAACAGAUUUGCUUCCCAAAGUAUUAACUGAACAAAUUGUCUUAUUGACAGCUGGGAAACCUAACAGACUAACUUCUGUCAGCAUUGACACCAGACUGGAUUCCCGAUUAACAGAUUGGGAAAACAGAUAAUUUACCACUAGUUGUGUUGGAACCUGUUUUGUCGGCUUUCAAGAUGAGCGGAGCAGAUGAAGUGGUGUGUGACGGCUGGCUGCGAAAAUCUCCACCAGAGAAGAAACUACGGCGUUAUGCAUGGAAGAGGCGUUGGUUCGUGUUGCGGAGCGGUCGACUCAGCGGGGAGCCAGACGUCCUGCAGUACUACAAGAACCAGCAGUCCCGCCGACCAAUCAGGACAAUCAACCUAAACCUGUGUGAACAGGUGGAUGCUGGCCUGUCAUUCACGAAGAAGGAGCUGGAGAGCAGCUUUGUUUUCGACCUGAGGACGGAGGAGAGGACCUGGUACCUUGUGGCUGAGUCUGAAGAGGACAUGAACCGCUGGGUGUCCUCCAUCUGCCUGCUCUGCGGCUUCAACCCGACCGAUGACGUUCCGGACAGAACCUCUGUUUCUACCACUUCGUCCACCAGUGGUCCAACAAGUAUCGCCCUGGCUACAGGGUCAGUCCCACCCCCCUACAAUCCGGUGAGAGUGCGCAAUUCUGAUGGCAAUACGGAAGACGACUACAUGUGGUUAUCACACUGCCAGAGUCAUAUCAGGCCUCCUUUAGGUUCCUCCACCUCUCUUGAAACCGACUACAACGACAACCUCUACCCUCCAGCCUCUGCAACAUCGUCCUCCUCUUCCUCUUCAUCCUCUCCUUCCCUUCAUCCUAACGGAGUCCCGCUCCCUUCUUCUUCUUCCUCGUCCUCCUCCGGCUGUAGGACUGCUCCUUGGAAAGCCUCCACUAUGACUGGUCCUUUCAGCCAGUCUAUGGAUAACAGCCUGAGUUUGGACCAGAAACGAGCCGAAAGACUUCGCUGUCACCCGUCACCUCAUCCCAGGAAACACUCCCUGGAUAUCCACCUGCGACCCGUAGCUAUACCUCUCUGUGAUGAUUUAAACUCCACCAUGCAUCCACAUUCACACUCCAGCACCAGUGGUUACCAGAUCCCCCGUCCAGCAUCCACCCCGCUACCACGCUUCUCUCGCCGCCCAUCCUCUACCCCCAGUGUGGACUCCCUUACCCAGGUAGAGCUCCACACCUCCACCCCGACUCCUCCUCCACGGCCGCCAAAGCCUCUGAGCAUUGCUGCCCAGGGAGAGAGCUCGGCUGUAGGAACGCUCCCCAGGUCUAUCUCAGAGCAAGAGAGGAGGGAUGGAAUUGUGGACUCUGUGGCCACGUCAGGACACACAAAGAUGGGCUGCGACUCUUUCUACAUCCCUCGCUCGCUGUCCGACAGAGCGAGCAUGUUUGAGUUCAGUGAGAGCUUCAACAAUUACUUUUUGAAUAAAGGUAUGGUACCUCUGGGUAGCGUUUGCUCUGAGGACGACGAUGCGGAUGAAAACUAUGUUCCCAUGAGCGCUGCCACUACUGAGCCUCCUGUUGCACCACGGAUGCUUCCUCCUCACCUCUCUGACUCCUCCCACCAGCUCCAGGACACAAACUACGUCCCCAUGACCCCCGUCACGCCCUCCCUCCCCGUUCAUCCCACACCUGCCGUAGGUGACCCGGCGUCUCUGGGGAGGCAGGUCCCCCCGCCCAUUCACAUGGGUUUUCGCAACUCGCCCCUCGCUCCCCUCACCCCGCCGCUCCGGAGGAACACCAUAAACACCGCGGGCGGAGUGGAGGUCAAAGCCGUGCCUCCUCCGAUUCACCGCAACCUGAAACCACAACACAGAGGAGUUUCUGUCGGUCAGCCUGCAGAGAGGUCAGACAGUCAGACCGCUGGAGAGCCAAAAACCAAGACAAGAGUGAAACCUGCUCCUCUGGACUUCUCUGCAGUGCAGCAAGACUGGCAGGAAGUCCCGCCCCCUGUCCGCUCGCCUGUCACUCGCACCUUCACACGAGAUCCAUCCACUCGGCAGUCAGUCAGACCAAACUCCGCUCAAAGCUCCUCCCCCUCCUCCGACUCUGACGACCCGGACGACAGCUACGUUGCCAUGACGACGUCCUCCGGCCUCAGCUUCAGCACCGGGGAGCCGUCUCUGAGGCUCAUGCUGCACCGGGUGUCAGAGGGAGGAGCCAGCAGCCCGUUGCUAUGGCGAGCCAGAGGCAACAAACAGGUGGAGUACCUGGACCUGGACCUCCACACGGGGCGAUCGACAUCAACCAGACAGAAACGCAGCACGGCAGAAGGUGAAACCGGCGACGGCGAGCAGCCUGGAUCAGGCGAGGAGCGUCCACUUGGGCAGCGUACGCGCGUGGACUACGUGGUGGUGGACCCCAAAAGGACGAAGGCCCUGAGGAACACCAGAGAGGCGUGGCACGAUGGGAGGAUGUCGACGGAGAAGGAGAAAAGCUAGAAGAUGAAGAGACGCUGUUCAAAGCUUUUUAGAAUCAGCGCCAAGAAGAGAAGAAGAAUGGACGAUCCCUCCUCCCUUACCUUCAUCCCUCCUUCCCUCCUCCCUUACCUUCAUCCCUCCUUCACUCCUCCCUUAACUUCAUCUCUCCUUCACUCCUCCCUUACCUUCAUCCCUCCUUACCUCCACCCUUAACUUCAUCCCUCCACCCUUAACUUCAUCCCUCCUCCCUUACCUUCAUCCCUCCACCCUUAACUUCAUCCCUCCUCCCUUACCUUCAUCCCUCCUUCCCUCCUCCCUUACCUUCAUCCCUCCUUCCCUCCUCCCUUCCCUCUUUACCUUUAAGAUGAGUUGAAGAAAUAGAGAUAAAACACAUGAACAAGUAGUUUUUCUCUUCCUUCUUUCAGGCAGUGAAGUGUCUGAAAGAAGAUCUAUGUUUCAUCCCACGAGGGGAAAUAAAAUGUUACACUCUGUUGUUGAACAUGUUACACACACUAACAGGAUCCUGUGGACAUGCA